UUAGAUACUUUGGGUGCAGACAAAAACAUGGUGGAGUGUUAGUCUAAGUUCUCUUUGCUGUUUGCCAAAUAUUUAUCUUCUCUUUUACUGCAAUGAACUUUUAGGCCAUUUUUACGUUUAGGAAGGAACAUUCUACAAUAUUCCAUUAAAAUGAAGAAGCAAACCAGAGGAAUUUCAACUUUUCCAGCUAAUGCAGGGAUGGGUGUGCAUGUAAAUUCUAGUCAACCUUCAAACUCACAAACACAAAAUCAGCGUACAAAAGGUGGUAUGAUGGGACCAGGCAUUGUACACAAGAACACAGUUACCUCAACAUUAGCAAAUAAUACCAUGAUGCCUGCUGCCAGCUAUACCACAAUGCACCAGAUUCCAGCAGCCAAUCAUACUCCGGCAGUAACUCCCACACAAGUCCCAUUGGCCAAUCAGAAUGGAUCUAUGGGACUUCCUGUGGGGCAGAUUUCACAGAGCGGAAUGGUGCAACAGCAAACAGUCAUCAACAGCCCAGCAGCAACAAUGCCAUCGCUACAAGCAACCAAUGCAACAAUGCCACCACUACAAGCAACCAACACAAACGGUGCAACUCCCAUCAACGCAACAGGUGACCAUAAUCCAGCAAAAGACUUGGCAAACACAAAAGAGAAAACCCCAAUGUGUCUUAUCAAUGAAUUGGCCCGAUAUAAUAAGAUCUCUCACCAGUACACUUUAGUGGACGAGCAAGGCCCCGCCCACAAGAAAACAUUCUUUGUCCAGCUCAAACUCGGGGACACGGAGGAAUAUUCUGCCUCGGGUGCCAGUAUAAAGAAAGCGCAGCACGCAGCGGCAGGGGAGGCCCUUGAGAAAACCGCCUACCCCCACCCUCCAGCAAAACCUACCAAACCCCAUCAUAAUGGUUGGAUGACUGAGUACGGAAAUCAGCCCAUCACUCCUACAGUAGAACUGAAUGCCUUGGCCAUGAAGCGUGGAGAACAAACCCUCUACAAACCACUGGAACCCCAGAGACAGCUCCCCUACUACCAGUGUCCCCCCAACUACAACUACCGGGGCCUGUAUAAUCAGAGGUACCACUACCCUCGGAUGAUGCGGGUCUUCUACGUAUCCCUGAAGGUGGGACAGAGAGAGUUCAUCGGGGAAGGUCCGACUCGCCAGGACGCGCGGCACGACUCGGCAAAAAAGGCCCUCCACAUUCUACGCAAGCUCCCGCUUCCCAAUGAAGGGGAGAAGAAACCCGAGGGCUUGGUGGAAACCGAUGGAACUCCAAAUGAAAAAGAUAUUGUGAAGUCUGAGAUCAGCCUGGUACACGAGGUAGCCCUCAAGAGGAACAUGAGCGUCAGUUUUGAUGUUAUCCGUGAGUCGGGUCCCCCCCACAUGAAGACGUUUGUGACCCGCUGUAAGGUGGGGGACAUGGAGACUGAGGCCGAAGGGAACAGUAAGAAGGUGUCCAAAAAGAAGGCGGCCGACCUGAUCCUGGAGAAACUGAAGGAGCUCCCACCCCUCCCUCCCUCCGUGAUCCGCCCUCGACCAAAGAUCAACAAGAAAAAGAACAAAAACAUCAUCAAGCAACAAAUGCAGAAGGCUGAUCCUAACUACGGUGUGGGAAUCAACCCGAUCAGUCGCCUGAUUCAGAUUCAGCAGGCCCAGCAGAAAAAGGAACCAGUUUACACCUUACUGACGGAGAGGGGACUUCCCAGACGCCGAGAGUUUGUCAUCCAGGUACAAGUUGACGACCAGACCUGUACUGGAGUGGGUCCCAAUAAGAAGCUGGCCAAGCGGCACGCAGCUGAAGCCAUGCUGACUCUGCUGGGAUACAACAAACCCUCCCCUCAACCCGCUAAACCUGCCAUCAAAUCUGCCAACAACCAGGAGGAGACAGGAAUUAAAAAAGUGACAUUUCAAGAGAUGACAGAGGAAGGUGGAACAGAAAGUGUUGCUAACGGUAAAAGUUCUGGAGGCCGUCAACUGGUUCCCGGCCUAUUACUGCUGCCCGAUUCUAAAUACAACGGAACAGUCUACAGACAAACUCAUAGUGGUACACAACCCUUGGAUGGACACGCUACCUUUAACAGUUUGACAAAGACAGCUACGAGACCCGAGAUUCAUCUCCGACAACUGACCAGCAGGAGUAAUCUGGACAUCAAGUUUGACGAAUUUCAGUCGGGGCAGGGAGCUACGAGUGAGUAUCUGAGUAGAGUUUCCCUCCUGUCCACCCCUCCCCGCGUGUUUCACGGUAGUGGAAUGUCGACAGAGGCGGCACGAGAUUCAGCUUCACUGGAGGCGCUCAAAUUUCUAGAAGAACUUGGCAAGGGUGAUGGUCCACAAGUGAAGAUGGAGGGAGAUCUGGCCAGCAGUUCCUCACCAGGUGGCGCUGCACGAGGUGCCACCCUGUAGAGGGACCACCUUUAAACUUUGAACUUUUCUUCAUGUUGAGGGUUUUACAGAGCUUGACCUGGUUUGUGGAUGAUUUGAAUGCCGUUAUUUGUUUUUUAUAGCCAUGAUUUUUAGGUGGUUUUUUCUUUUCAAAUUAUCCAUUUUCCAAAAUUUUGUUUUUUUUUGAAUAUCAGGAAAUUUGUGGAUGUUAAACAUAGAAGACAGACAGUCUUUGUGUAUUUGUAUUGUUAAAAUUAAUGCAUAAAAACAAGUUGUUUUGUAUUUUUUGCCAGUAAUUUACUUGUUAUUGUGCAUUAAAGCCUUGAAAAUUUCCUGUCAUAUUUAAAUUUGAGAUUUUUUAAAUGUUAUUUUUUAAAAUAAGCUGAUAGCUAUAUUUUUGCUUUUGAAAACCCUCAAAUACUUAUAGGAUGAGUGGCUUCCCCCGCCAAUAAGAAUGGAAUAUGAUUUAUUGACCCCCCCCCCCCCCCCUCCCUCCACAGCCUCCUCAUUCUACUAAUUGUUCAAAGUUUAGUUUUGAAUUUAACUGGAUUCAAUUUAUCUUUUGUUCAGUCCCAAAAUAGUACAUAAAACAACAUGAUCAAAUAAUGGAUUCCUAACAAAUAUCAGUGCUUGUCAAUUAACUCAAAUCAAUUUUUUAUUUGCCUUUGGUUAUUAAAUUUGUUAUUUUGGUGAUUGACCAUGUUAAAUUUAAUCCAGGUUUUGUUUAUGAAUAUUUGUGAAGACAAAUGUUAAGGAACUUGAACACAAUUUUAUAAGACAGGAACGUAAAGUUUUCUCUUAAAUGAAGAAAAUUUUACUCGAUAACUUUGCUUGUAUUAACUACAAAAUAUCCUAGGACAUUUUUUCACAUUAAUGCUUUAGAAUGUAAAGUUUUAAUAGAAUCUUGUUUCUCAAAACCUUUACACUAAUUUUUUAAGCAGGUGCUUGGAAGGUUUUUAACAUCUUGCCAGUUUUAUUGUGAGAAAGACAGCUUCUUGUGUCUAGUACAUCUGUACAUGUAUGUCUCUUACAUCUAGGGCAGAAAUGUGGUUUGUAGUUACUAUUACUAAGGGUCAUGGAGAUAUACAUGUACCCAAGCUGUGUUCAGGAAAAUCCUGCUAUUUGAUAUUUGGUUUGAUAAACAUGUUUGGAGCUUAUAUUUUCCAAUUUUUUGCCAUGCAUAGAAAAAACCAACACCCGGGAUGUUUGAUCAAACUUUAUAUCACUGUUGUCAUUUUUGCAUAAUUAGAUUGUCUUCAUUUAUAGUCAUUUUGUUUUGUGUGGGUGUACACAAGGUCAUGUGAAGGUCAAACUAAAUGACCCGUGUCUGGUGCUGUUUGAUUUGACCUGUACAGCCCUUAAAUCUAAGGUAAAUCAAGUAUUAUCAACCUCCAGGAUAAAAUGUAGCUAAAACUCUUUAAAAAGGCACUUUUAAAAAUCUCAUGAUUUUUUAACCUAAUUAUUAAUGGAACUAAACAGUUUUCUAGGAAGUGAUUUUCUUGGUAAUCCAGUUUGUAUAUACUUGAUUUACCUUUAAAGCGUGUGUGUUUUUCCGUUGUAUGUAUUGCUUUACUCACUGUCUGCAAUGUAAAAACACACAGAAUUUUUCUCUGUAUUCAUUAAAAUAUUACAAUAAGAA